AUGCUGCCCUCCGACGACCCCUUCCGAGUGCAUCGUCGACCGCGGAUACGACAUUCUGUCUGUGUGAGCCACCCUCUGAAUGCCCUUCCCAAUCUUCCGCCUUCGAUUGGAGUCGCUUCCGCAUUCCCGAUGCUCGAUCUGGCCGAACAUUACCGAAAUAUUUACUCUCAACCUGUGAUCCGGGUAGCCUCUUCCAUGAGUCGGUCCUCUUCCAUAUUUGGGUCCAGUCAUCACACUUCCACCAACAAUAUUUAUCAACCUUCAACCUCUCGAAUCCAAGAUCGAUCUCAAAUUAAGCGAUCCCCCGUUCCCGGAAGUGAUCUCAGAUCAAGAAUGACGUCAUCUGUCCCUCCCCGACCAUUUCGUGAACUACCUCAGUCAUCCCGAUUACCCUCGGAACUUCCAUUUCAUCCUCAGUCGAAGAUCUCAGUUCAUUCCGCAGAUGUUCCAUCAACUUCUUCUCUUUAUUCCUGUCUCAAUACCCCUACCUCGUCCACCUCUCCGUUUAAUGUGAAUAUGAGAAACCCCAAGUCUGAACGACAUAAAAAGCGACAUCUCCGGGCGUCUAAAGUAGAAUCGAAUGGGGAAGUUAAUGGCCAGGGUCAUUUGUCAUCAACUCCGUCGGGGAAUUCGACCAGUAUAAAGGAAGAUAUAUACGAAAGGAUCUCGAGGAACAACCUAGAAAAUGGUCAAGCUUUUGAGAGCAUGAUAGAUCAACCUGAAACUACGGUGGAUGCUCGAAAAGUUAACGGACAUCCGUCUGUCAGAAAAGAAGGUAAAAGAAAUCAAGAAGAACUUGGACAAGGACCGGCCGAGUAUGGAAGAGUUUGUGAUUAUGUGGUCUCGACUUCUAAUUACAACCAGGAUUUGCUGGAUCGAAUCGAUCCCUACAACUCUCUGGGUUAUUCGGCCAUUUCGCAAAAGACUUCAGCAACCAAAAAGAGAGUUCGGUUCAGAAAUCGACCGGAGAAAACGACCGGUUCUUUUAUUCUUGACGUUUAUAACCCCGGAAAGGUCGACAGGCAGCGAGAAGAGGAUUUGGAUUCGUCGAGACGACUUCUGAAUGACGUCGUUGGCUUGGAAGGUGUCCACGAAAGUCUGAGGACUUACCAGAUGGUCGCAAACCUAAGAAUAGGGCUCAAAAAGAUAAAAUUAUCCAAAUUGGAGGGCAUAGCAGACAUUCUGAUCCGAAAUAAUCAUAAACAACAGUCUUUAUUACAGAGGCCACGCAAGAAACCGCUGCAGGAAUAUUACAACGACGACGACGCUGAGCUCGAAGGUAGGCCUCGGGAUGGAUAAUCUUUUUCAGAAUUUAUUUUGGGAGUAUGAUUUUUAAAAUGUUUUGAGUGUAAUGUCCCGAAAUUUGAUAUUUUUAUUUUUUGAUAGUUACUUUUUUAGCCAUGGCCAAGAUGGUGGACCCAAAUGCUCCAAAACCCGAGGGCUCGAUUGUUUUGCCAGUCAGAGGAGAAUUUCCAAAGGAGUUCCAACAGAAUGGGUCCACUCCCAGAAGCAUCGACUCCGUUCUGCAGAAGCAUUCCCAAACACAGCCCAAGGCAGUUGCCGCUGCAAUACUCGACCAGAGCGGGAAAAUGAACAUGAACAUAAAUUACGGUAAGAAUUAUUUUUUAUUAGGAACACUUUAGAAUGAAAGUUCCUUUAUGGGGGCUCCUACUUUUAGACGGGACAUAUCUCAAAAAAUCCGAAAAAUUGUGCUGAUCAAGAAUAUAUAAAAAUUAGCUGCCCAGUUUUGGAUGGUCGAAAUGCCCAAAAACUGGCUAAACUUAUCGGCAAAAGGCACAGGCGUUGCAAAAAAUGCCAAACGAUAAAAAGCGCGGUCGGUGUCUUCCUCCGGAAGGGAGCGGCGUGGCCGAGUGGCUAGUGCUGAGGUCUAGAAAUCAAGGGGGUUCGAUUUCUUGGCCCGAAUCAACUUUUUUAAAGUUGAAGGUCUGACAAAUUAAUUUUUUUACCAAAACUUAUUUAUUGCGUCUUAGAGACUCAAGACACAUAAUUUUAGGCUAAAAUAAAAUUUGUAAACCUAGAUUCAGUGGAAAGGGGUUAUGUGGAGGCUAAUUAUGCGGCUAAUUUUUACAUAUUCUGAAUCAGCAUGAUUUUACGUAUUUUUGAGAUACGUCCCGUCUAAAAGUCGGAGCCCCAUAGAAGUACAUUCGUUAGAUAUUUUUAUUAUUUUGAUUCAGAGCAGGUGAGAUGGUUUCCAUUCUAGGUAAAUUAUUCUCGCGUGCACAGAAAGUGGCGCACCUGUUGACCACCAAACAAAUCAGCAUGGCUAAUGUGAAUGGUCAGAAGGAGAAGGUCCCUUUGUGCAGAGUGGGGGAUUGUGUAGGACUAGUCUAUCCGAAUACUGAACCGUUGGCCUUUCUCUGCGCCUUUUAUGGAUGCCUUCUGGCUGGAAUGGUCCCCGUGCCAGUGGAUGUUCCCACGAAUAGAAGAGUAAGGCUUAAAAGUUCUGUAUUUUUGAUUGGUGACUAAUUUAAUGGCGAGUCAUAAAUUGUUUACUGUAGGAUGCCGGAACUCAACAAUUUGGAUUUCUCCUUGGAUCUUGUGGAGUCUCAGUAGUCCUGACUUCGGAGUCCUGCUACAAAACCCUUCCCCGAAUGGGCUCUGCAGCGAUGUCAUCAGCAACGUCCGCUGCCUCUGCUGUUUCUUCAGGAUAUGCGACGAAUACGACCUCUUCCGGCGGAUCUAAUGGCAUCGUUUCACCCUCGGCGUCGAUCUCAGGAAUCGGAAAUAACUCAAACAAAGACCCCAACGACAUCUACGAGUUCAAAGGAUGGCCGAAACUCCACUGGAUCGUCACCGAACAUCUACAGAAACCCGCUAAAGACUUUGCUUUACCCUCAUUUAACAGCCCUGAAGACACGGCUUAUGUGGAAUACAGCACUGACAAGGAAGGAGGAGUCAAGGGAGUCUGUGUUUCCAGACAGAGUAUGAUUGCUCAUUGUCGUGCGUUAACGGCUGUGAUGGGAUAUACGGAAGGAGAAACCAUGAUCUCGUUACUCGAUUUUAAGAAGGACGUCGGACUCUGGCAUCUGAUUACUGUAAUUUUUUUGUUUUUGAUUUUAUUUUUUAUUUUAGGCGAUUUAUUGCGGAAUGAAGAUUGUUUUUGUGCCCUACACUUUGAUGAAGUCGAAUCCCAGCCUUUGGUUGACUCAAGUUGCAAAGACUAAGGCCGCGGUGGUCCUUCUGAAAUCGCGAGACCUACAUUGGAGUCUAAUGGCGGCCCAGAGAGAGACGAAAGAGAUCAAUCUCGAAUCCGUUAGAGCCAUUAUUGUCUCUGAUGGGUCCAAUCCGUGGUCACUCUCAUCGUGUGAUCAAUUCUCAACCGUCUUUGCUUCGAAAGGGCUUCAACCAAACACAAUAUGUCCUACUUCUGGUUCACCGGAAACUGGAACUGUAUCCAUCAGACGGCCUUCAAUGGGAACGGGAUCAAACUCGGGUCACGGUACCCUCUCUAUGACGGCCCUCAGCCAUUCUGUGGUUAGAGUUAACCCCCAAAACUCAUUGAACUCACUAACUCUUCAAGUAAGUUCAGCAAAAUUGAUUUUUUUUAUUUUAUUUUUUUGUAGGAUUCGGGUACCGUAAUCCCAGGUGGAAUGGCUGUCGUUGUGAAGAUGAAUGGAGCUCCGAAAGUCUGUAGAACUGAUGAAGUUGGAGAGAUUUGUCUCCAUGCCCCAUCGACAGCCUCUUGUUAUUACGGACUGAAGGGAAUCUCCUCCCAGACAUUCCAAGUGAACCCUUUGGCCCCGGAUGAGAAGGUUCUGGGUGCGAUCAGAUAUGUUCGAAGUGGAUUGGUCGGAUUCCUAGGACCGGAUGGUCUCAUUUUUGUCAUUGGAAAUCGACAGUCGAUCAUGAAUGUGUCCGGGAAACAAUACAGUGCGGAUGAUCUGAUAGCCACAACCCUGUCAGUCGAACCAUUAAAGUUUAUCUACCGAGGCCGAGUUGCUGUCUUCAGUGUUCCCGUCCUUCGGGAUGAGAGAAUCAUUGUGAUUGCUGAGCAGAAGCAAGAUGCGAGUGAAGAGGACUCGUUCAAUUGGAUGAUCCGAGUCCUUCAAGCCGUGGAUUCCAUCCAUCAAGUCGGGAUUUAUUGUUUGAUUUUGGUGGCCCCAAAUCAAUUACCGAAGGCUUCACUAGGCGGAGUUCAUGUUGCCGAAACCCGACAAAGAUUUCUGGAUGGUUACCUUCAUCCGGUAACUCUUCUGAUGUGCCCUCAAAAUUGUGUUCUGAACCUUCCCCGACCUCGAGAACCUCAACACAAUGAUGUGGGUCCUGCGGCAAUGUUUGUGGGCAAUAUUGUUCAAGGUGUUAGAAUAGCCAGUGCGGAGGGAAGAGCUCUCACAAUGACUCCAGACGAGCCCUUCUUUUUGGUGGACACCCUCAGAUUAAGGGCUCAGCAGCAUCCGGAUCAUGUUUUAUAUGGAAUUGUCAACGCAAAAGGAGCCGAAGUUGAGACGUUGACUUGUUCCCAACUUUGGAGGAAAGCCGAGCGAAUUGGAGCUCUUCUUCUGGACAAGGGACACUUGAAUCCCGGGGAUCAUGUAGCUCUCAUUUUCUCCCCAGGUCUUGAUUUAAUUGCGGCGUUUUAUGGCUGUUUGGUGGUUGGUCUUGUGCCCGUCUGUAUCCGCGCCCCUUCUCUUCAAAACCUUCACAACUCGCUGAUUACUGUCCGAAUGGUUGUUGAUGUCUCCAAAUCGGUAGCGCUUCUCAGUACAGCGCCAAUGAUCAAGUUACUGAAGAGCAAAGAGGCUUCCCACAGAGUCAGCACCAAGGCUUGGCCUACUAUUUUGGACAUAAACGACACUCCAUCGUCAUCUGUGGCGAGACGAAAGAAUCAGCAGAUAGAUCAGCAGCUGAUUGCAUUGCGAAGUCACAAGGAUCCUUGUUUUCUGGCAAGCCUUAUUUCUGUUCAGAUUAAUGUUUUUUACGGCCUUUUUUAACUGAUUUAUUGCAGGAUUUUGCCGUCAGCACCACCGGUCAGCUGGCUGGCGUCGUUAUUACUCAUGAGGCCAUAGUUCAGCAGUGCAAAAGCCUCAAGGUUGCUUGUGAAUUGUACCCUUCCAGACACGUUGUUCUAUGUCUGGACCCAUAUUCCGGACUCGGAUUCACUUUAUGGUGUCUGUUGGGAGUAUAUGCUGGUCAUAGAUCAACGCUCAUUCCUCCCUCCGAGGUUGAACUUAACCCUUCAUUAUGGCUGAGUACUGUAUCUCAACAUCAAGGUAGGGGUUCUUUGAGUUACCAAAAUUCCUUUUAGCUCGAGAUACCUUCUGCUCCUACAGUAUCCUGAAUGUUUGUGUGCGUGAAUUGGCGGCGCAGGUCAAUAUCCUGAAGGAGAAGAAUCUGAGUCUGUCAUCCUUGCGUAACUGUGUGAUAGUGGCCGAAGAACGACCGAGGUACGCGCUGUGCCAGGCCUUCAUCCGACUCUUCCGACCCUUAGGGCUUAAUGGACGAGCUGUCUCGACCUCCUUCGGAUCUAGAGUGAACACUGCCAUCUGUCUUCAAGGAGCUUCAAGUCCGGAUCCGACCACCGUCUACGUGGAUUCCCGAGCUCUGCGGAAUGAUCGAGUGACCCUGGUGGAGAAGGGAGCCCCUCAUUCGAUCCCUUUAAUGGAAUGCGGGAAACUCCUCCCUGGAGUCAAAGUGGUCAUUGCCAAUCCAGAAACCAAAGGCCAAUGCGCGGACUCUCAUCUGGGCGAGAUCUGGGUGGCCUCAGGUCAUAAUGCCUCCGGGUAUUUCUCCAUUUUUGGCGAUGAAAACCAAAGUCAUAGCGAUCAUUUCAAGGCAAAGUUGAGGACUGGAGACACGAACACAGUGUUCGCCAGGACUGGAUUCCUCGGAUUUCUACGACAAACUGAAGCCAUCACGGCUGACGGAGGUAGGUUGCAUUAUUUAAAUGGAUAAUAAAUAUUGAAUUGUUAUUAAUGGCAUCUUCUAGAACUCCAUGAUGCAGUUUUCGUAGUGGGAUCCUUGGAUGAAACCCUCAUGUUAAGAGGAAUGAGGUAUCAUCCAGUGGAUAUUGAGACAUCGGUCUGUCGAAGCCACAAACGAAUUGUAGAGAGGUGAGUAUCGGGAUGUUUACCUUUCAAUAAGUAACGCAUCAAGCCUUAUUUUUAAUAUUCCAGUGCUGUGUUCACAUGGACCCAUCUUCUGGUAGUGGUAGCCGAGACUGAUUGCUCCGAAGCCGAAGCCCUUGACCUCGUUCCGGCCAUUACUUCUAGAAUAUUGGAGGAUCAACAUCUGAUUGUGGGUGUUGUGAUGAUUGUGGAUGCUCACACAAUCCCAAUCAAUAGCCGGGGGGAGAAACAACGGAUGCAUCUGCGGGACUCCUUCCUCAAAGAUCAACUCGAUCCUAUCUACGUGGCCUACAACAUGUAG